CUUCAGCGGCAUACAGUGCAGUUUGCAUUCUGAUUUUGACUUGCAACAACGUCCCAUUUCUUACAUUUUCAAAAUGAACAAGCUCUUCAUUGUUUUUCUGGCUGUGUGCCUUGUCAGCGUUCAUGCUUUCGUAAAACGUGAUGCCCCUGCUGCUAACAACAACUACAUGGAAACACUACAGAAGCAAAUGGAAGAAUUCGCAAAGACUGUUAACAACCAAAUGUCACAAGCCUUCGACCCUGACACCAUCAAGAAGAACUUCAAUGAAUUAGUGGACAAUGCUACUAAGACGAUCAACCAAAUGAAAGCUGCAGGCCAACCCAAAGCAGCCUAAAAGACUGAUUCGCGUACAGUGAACUAUAAAACUUAUUUACUCCAUAUUUUAGAGUAUAUAAUCCUAUUCUGCCUUUUAAAUCGAUGCAAAUCUGUAUUACAUUUUUUUUCUAAAACAACGUUAUGUCUGUAAUGAAAUCCUGCGAUUUAUUUAAUAAAUCUAUUUCAUAAAAA